AUCCGCUCCCGGCCCGCGCUGCGAGCGCCCCGCCAGUCCGCGCCGCCGCCCUCGCCCUGUGUGCCCGCAGCCCGUGAGCCCAGCCCGGCCCGGUAGAGCGGAGCGCGCGAGCCUCGUCCCGCGGCCGGGCCGGGACCGGGCCGGAGCGGCGGCGCCUGGAUGCGGACCCGGCCGCGCGCAGACGGGCGCCCGCCCCGAAGCCGCUUCCAGUGCCCGACGCGCCCCGCUCGACCCCGAAGAUGAAGAGGGCGUCCUCCGGAGGAAGCCGGCUGCUGGCAUGGGUGUUAUGGCUACAGGCCUGGAGGGUAGCAACGCCCUGCCCUGGUGCCUGUGUGUGCUACAAUGAGCCCAAGGUCACAACAAGCUGCCCCCAGCAGGGCCUGCAGGCUGUACCCACUGGCAUCCCAGCCUCCAGCCAGAGAAUCUUCCUGCACGGCAACCGAAUCUCUUACGUGCCAGCCGCCAGCUUCCAGUCAUGCCGGAAUCUCACCAUCCUGUGGCUGCACUCAAAUGCGCUGGCCGGGAUUGAUGCCGCGGCCUUCACUGGUCUGACCCUCCUGGAGCAACUAGAUCUUAGUGACAAUGCACAGCUCCGUGUCGUGGACCCCACCACGUUCCGUGGCCUGGGCCACCUGCACACGCUGCACCUAGACCGAUGCGGCCUGCAGGAGCUGGGGCCUGGCCUAUUCCGUGGGCUGGCAGCUCUGCAGUACCUCUACCUACAAGACAACAACCUGCAGGCACUUCCCGACAACACCUUCCGAGACCUGGGCAACCUCACGCAUCUCUUUCUGCAUGGCAACCGUAUCCCCAGUGUUCCUGAGCACGCUUUCCGUGGCUUGCACAGUCUUGACCGUCUCCUCUUGCACCAGAACCAUGUGGCUCGUGUGCACCCACAUGCCUUCCGGGACCUUGGCCGACUCAUGACCCUCUACCUGUUUGCCAACAACCUCUCCAUGCUCCCCGCAGAGGUCCUAGUGCCCCUGAGGUCUCUGCAGUACCUGCGACUCAAUGACAACCCCUGGGUGUGUGACUGCAGGGCACGUCCGCUCUGGGCCUGGCUGCAGAAGUUCCGAGGUUCCUCAUCCGAGGUGCCCUGCAACCUACCCCAACGCCUGGCAGGCCGUGAUCUGAAGCGCCUGGCUGCCAGUGACUUAGAGGGUUGUGCUGUGGCUUCGGGGCCCUUCCGUCCCUUCCAGACCAAUCAGCUCACUGAUGAGGAGCUGCUGGGCCUCCCCAAGUGCUGCCAGCCGGAUGCUGCAGACAAGGCCUCAGUACUGGAACCCGGGAGGCCGGCGUCUGCUGGAAAUGCACUCAAGGGACGUGUGCCUCCCGGUGACACUCCACCAGGCAAUGGCUCAGGCCCACGGCACAUCAAUGACUCUCCAUUUGGGACUUUGCCGGGCUCUGCAGAGCCCCCACUGACUGCCCUGCGGCCUGGGGGUUCCGAGCCCCCGGGACUGCCCACCACGGGUCCCCGCAGGAGGCCAGGUUGUUCCAGAAAGAACCGCACCCGUAGCCACUGCCGUCUGGGCCAGGCAGGAAGUGGGAGCAGUGGAACUGGGGAUGCAGAAGGUUCGGGGGCCCUGCCUGCCCUGGCCUGCAGCCUUGCUCCUCUGGGCCUUGCACUGGUACUUUGGACCGUGCUCGGGCCCUGCUGACCAGCCACCAGCCACCAGGCUGUGUACAUAUGGGGUCUCCCUCCAUGCCGCCAUCCAGAGCCAGGGACAGGCUCUGAGGGGCAGGCCAGGCCCUCCCUGACAGAUGCCUCCCCACCAGCCCACUCCCAUCCCCAACCCAUCAUGUUUACAGGGUUGCGGGGGUGGCGUUUGUUCCAGAACGCCGCCUCCCACCCGGAUCGCGGUAUAUAGAGAUAUGAAUUUUAUUUUACUUGUGUAAAAUAUCGGAUGACGUGGAAUAAAGAGCUCUUUUCUUAA